AUGAUAUUGUAAAAAAAAAUUGUAUAACAAGAUAUAAAUAAUUUCAUAUAUACAAAUAAAAUAUUAGAAAGAAAUACACAGAAGAUAACAUAAUGGAAAGAGUGGUAUCGAAUACAUUCUGUUUAAAUGGUAAAAGUAAAGGUGAAAAUACUUGUGCUUCAGUGUCAUAUAUUUCAACUAUGUUUGGUGAUAUGUUGUCUUUGAAAGAUAAAAGCAAGUUACCAAAUCAGAUGAACAAAUAUUUCGAAAGAUUAAGUAUAGAAUCUUGUUUAGAACAUAAUCAGGAGAAUAAUAAACAUCUUGCAGGAGAAAUCAAGAAUAUUAUUAAGACGCUUUACAUCCCGCUAGCAGUUGUUAAACCAUGCUCUUUGAAUACUCUUUUAUAUAUUGGAACUCCCUUGUUUUUAAAUUGUACAAAUUUUUAUGACAACGAAUCAAGAUAUACACUGUUGGGUUACAUAGACGAUAUUUUUGGAUCUGUUGGAGAACCUAUGUAUUCUGUAAGCAUAAAGCUUAAUCCAACAAUAGAUAUACUGAAUAUUAAUGCAAAAGUAUAUUAUUUUUCUAAUCAUCCUAAUACGUCACGCAUGUAUAUAGAACAUGCAAUAGAUGAAGUGUCUAACAAAAGAAGAUAUAACAUUAAAAUUGAAAACUUGUAAUCACCAUAGUUUAUAAUUUAUAUUUAAUGUUAUCUUAUUUCAAUAGUUUUUUACAUGUGUAACAUGCUUAAUCUCAUGUUUAAAUGUUAUAAUUUUGUAAAUAUUUCUGUAAGAACAACUAAAUGUAUAAUAAACUACUAUUGAUUGUUUAUUUUUAAUUGUUCAAUAUUUUCCUAGUCUGAACUAAUAAAACUAUAG